AUGGAUUUCGUGUGUCCUGUGAGUGUACAUUUGCCAGUGAGAGCGGCUCCCGUCUCUGUACGGCAUGCUUCUGCUGUGCGGUCAAAGUCCCUCGAUCAGCCACUGCCAAGUGUUGUGGAGGAUCGCGGAACUGAAACGAUAGCAGCGUCCUCCUCUUCAUCCUCAACCACUUCCUCAUCGGGCUCUGCUACUUUGAGUCAGAAAACUGAACCAAAACCCCAAGCUAAAGAAAUGCGCAAACGGAACAGCAUCUUCACCAUGUUCCCGAGCGUGCAGUGGAAACCGACGGUGGAAGAUAGCAUUCAGGUGCCAGUGAAGUAUUGUGACUGGAUGGCUCCGUUCAACUGCGAUGGGAAAUUCGUCGCACGGUACGAUCGUCUUCCGAUGGAGCUGAUACUGAAGAUUUUCAAGCAAAUCAACCCAAGCGAUCUGCUGGCGGCGAGUGCAACCUGCCGGCGAUGGCUGGAAGCGGCCCACUACUAUGAACCGUUCCAGCGCCGUAUGUACUUCAACUUCGAUAGGAUCGAGUUCACUGACGAGGACAGCCCGAUCAAGUACUUCUCGAAACCGAUGAGAACCUACCCCUAUCUGACGUUCACGUUUGUGGAGUUUACCAAGCAUAGUGACUUUUGGGUCAACAGUGGCGUGUACAUUCGCGAGCUGACGCUCCGAUGUUGUUUGAUCCGGAAGAAGAAGUUUAUCUCGAUCAUGAAGAACCUACCGAAUCUCGUGCGGCUCGAGCUGAUGCAGUGCGAUGAGUUGUUCAAGCACUGGAACUUGGACUACAGCACCGACGAGCCGAUGUUUCCCUUCAUGCUGAACCACCUGAAGCAUCUCUCGCUGGCCGCGUGUGACUACUACAAUGAGUAUCACUUCGAGCGCUUCAUCGAAGCCGCACCGAACCUCGAGUCGAUCGAUGUGUCCAACUGCUUCAUCAAUCUGUAUCUCUCCCGGCGUAUGACGAUGAUUUCGCGCGUCCUCCGGCUGGUGAGCAAGAACCGGCACAUCAUGAAGGCACUCAACAUCAGUGACAUUCCCUGCUUCGACGACGUCGCCUGGCAUCUGCUGGCGGAGAUCAGUGGACUUUUCCUGACGCACUUCACCGUCACCUAUAGCGAUCGAAUCCCGAUGAAAGACCCGGGCAUACUGAAGUUCUUCACCGUGCAAACGAAACUCACCCACCUUGAUCUUACCUCGUCGAUCGGAGUGAACGACGUAUGUCUACAGCUCAUCGUAGAGUCUUGUCCAUUGCUGCAGGUUCUUAAGCUGCGUCGCUGCUGGUUACUGUCGGAUGAAGGCGUCCAGGACUUGCACACGCUGAAGCACCUACGCGUACUGGACGUUUCGAGCUGCGAACGGAUCUCUGACUACGGCAUGCGUGUGGGUAUCAUUGGGAAGCGUCCGCGGCGGAUGGAUGAGAUGUACUUCUCGCUGCUGUGCAACCUCAGUGACUACACCAUGUACUAUCUGGUGCUGAUGUUUAAGAACCUCCAGGUGCUCGAUCUGGACAGCAACGCGACCAUCACCGACACAUCGUUGCAGUAUCUCUGCUGUUACUCGCAGGAUUUGCGCAACCUGAACCUACAAUCCUGCGCCAAGGUACGUACCCUGGAUAUCGGCUUCCGGUCAGCAUUGUUUCUUGUUCGUAACUAA